CAUUGUAAAUUUCAUUACGCAGUGCUGGAUUAAACGGGACGUCCCAUUGUGUCCCUGCAUUCUGUUCCUGACGCUGCGCCGCGGGGUGGGGUUCUCUGGCCGGGCAUAUAUGGGCCCAUGGCGGGGAGAAUCCCUGCUACAUUGCCCGGGCUCCUUCGUUCCUCCGUCUCUCAGGUCACUGGCAGUCUCCUUACGCUCCUUCACGCAACUCUCCCUCGCCAUGUCUCAAAUCAGCUGGAUCCCGGUUGGGCUCAAGGUCGGCAAGAUUCAGCGCGCACAUCGUCUGAACGUCACGCCGCCGUACUAUUGUUUCGACCUCCCGAAGUCGGGGCUUCGGUUAGUCGUCUGCGACAAGCCUUCUAGCUCGAAGAGCUACCGCAACAUGAUCGACAUCGUCGACAACUUCUGCGUCGACGUGCUCCGGCACAAGAAAGCGCGGAAGUUCCUGUUCAUGUCGGUGAUCGUCUCAGAGAUCGCACGCACCUCAGACGACCCGAUGGAGCCGCCACACAUGCUCCUGAAGUUCACGCUACCCACCGAGAACGGGAUAGCCAAGGCCAUCCCUGCACACAUCUACCUGACGGGAUCCAUGCCCCACGCCAAAGUAGACACGACAUGCGUCUUCUGGAAGGACGCAGAGGAGAUUGCUGAGCACGAGAUUCUGGCAUCGCACCAGGCCGUCAACGUACGCCUGGACAUGCUCAAUUACUGCUCGUUCCCUGCAGAGCAGAUCCCACAUUUGUAGCGCUAUGCCACGACCACCUGGAACGAUACCACACGCCUAAUGCAUACCCGGCUUGCACCGAUUACCCUGCUACUGGUCAGCAGGUCUGACACGUAGUACUUAGCCUUCAUGAACUGUAAUGCGUCGUAAUGUUAUCAAUCGCUCUCCGUGCUGUU